CAGAAUUCGAUGUAAUUGAUGGCAGAGCAGCCAAUCAUGUGUUGAUGCGGUAAAGCGAAUCGGCAUCCCAUGAUGGGGAAGGCGCGGCAAACCUGCGACGUCUGUGGCCGACCUCCAUGCGUGUGCUUCUGCGGCGUUAUUCCAUUGCCGAAGCUCAAGACUCGAUUCAAUGUCCACUGCAUUCAGCAUCCAAACGAAGCCAAGCGCAAAGCUCUGUCCAGCGUGCCCCUCCUCCAACACUCCAUCGAGAACUUCACGCUCGAAGUGGCAACAUCUACCAAGUUGACACAUGAUUCUGACGAGGUGGUGCUGCUGUUGUUCCCAGGACCUACUGCCACGGUGCUUUCCACGGCCAACUGGCGUCCAAACCUCACGCUCGUUGUCGUGGAUGGUACAUGGAAGGAGGCCAAGAAAAUUGUUCACAAUGAUCCAGUGCUACAGUCGCUGCCUCGCGUCGUUGUGCAAUCGACAGCGACAAGUUUGUACGGCGCGCUUCGAAAAGAACCAAUGGAUGGAUGCUUGUCUACACUGGAGGCAGUUGCACAAGCCAUUAGCGACUUGGAGGGCCAGACGUCGACGGAGGAGAUUCUGUUGGCAGCGUUCGAAUCCGUCGUGGCUCGACAGCUGGACUUUCUCAACGCUGGUAUCCAAAGAACUUUGGCCAUCUUCGACGGCAUCCCCAAGCCUUCUCCAGUAUUGCAGGAAGUCGUUGUAUCCGUUCCAGAGGAGGCAGGGGACGAAUCAUGGUAUGAGUUUUACAAAGUUCAGCGCAACGUGGCGCAAACAAAGGAGACCCUUCACGGGGUUCCCUUCUAUGGGACGCACAGCCAAGCGAUCGCUCAGUUGGCUCAACUCAAUGCCGGCCGAACUCGCGGGAAUCGGUUUGGUGCGCGCCGCCAACGCCACCAUGACCAAUCGUAGAACAUGCAAAAUAAUAUUUUUAAUUGACACAAAAAGAGAUCGAAAAUGGUAAAG